UGCCUGACCCAGCAACGGAAUGUCGGUACAAAGGGGAAGCCGCAAUAACAUUUAAUCAGAAUUAAAUUAAUGAAAAUUAGGCAGAAACAGUAACCGAAAUUAACUAAACAUUCCGCAAUGCCACAGCAGAGACGCAAGGUAGCCUUCAGUGGCAAGAAGAAGAAGGAUCAGAUGUUGCAGAAACGCAACACAAAAGGUCCGCCCAAGUAUUUACGCAGUGCCCAGGAAUCCUACGAGGACAGCGAUGUGCCCGAAACGACGCGCAAGCUCAUGGAGCAGCCCUUUGCUCGCGGUGGCAAUCGCAACAAGAAUGUAAAUCGCUACAAUUUGCAGUUCUACCAGGAGGGCAAGAAGGAACUGGAGCAGCUAAAGCUGGAGGGUUUCAAGCCACUGCAGACGCUCAGUCCGAUAGAGCGCGAAAUCGAUGAGCGUUACUUUGCCGGCUGUGAUUUUCCCGUGCGUCCGCCCUGGAGUUUGUCGAGCACCAAAGAACAGCUGGACCGCUGUGAGAACCGUUACUUUAAGGACUAUGUGGAUGAGCUGCAAAAGAAGCAACGCAGCGGCGACUCCAAGGAACUUUCGCUGUUCGAGUUGAACCUCGAGACGUGGCGUCAGCUGUGGCGUGUGCUGGAAUUCUCGGAUAUAUUGCUCAUCAUUGUGGAUGUGCGCUAUGCCACGUUGAUGUUUCCACCCUCCCUGUACGACUACAUCAUCAAGACACUCAAGAAGCAUGCAAUUGUGGUGUUCAACAAGGUGGAUCUGGUCGAGCCGCAGGUGGUUGUCGCCUGGCGUGCGUACUUCCAGGAGCGUUAUCCCCAGCUGCCUGUCGUGAUGUUUGCCUCCUUCUUGCCACGCUCACGCAAGGGCUGCCAGCGUGGUCCCCAGGCACACAAACGCAGCAUGGAGGGCGUGUACAACAUUUAUCGCGAGUGCCAGCGGUAUGUGCAGUCCGAGGUGGACCUAUCCGCGUGGGAGCAAAAGAUACGCGAUGAUAUGCGCAGCGAUCAGCUGGACAUACUGGAGGAUGUCGCUGCCGCCGUGGAGGGGGAGCUAAAGAUCAGCAGCAGCAUCGACACCACGCCCCAUGAGCAUGUCAAAUAUCACAGUGGAGUGCUGACCAUCGGCUGCAUUGGCUUCCCCAACGUGGGCAAGUCCUCGCUCAUCAAUGCCCUCAAAGGACGCAAAGUGGUCAGCGUUAGUCGCACGCCCGGGCACACCAAACACUUUCAGACCAUCUUUCUGACGCCACUCGUGCGGCUGUGCGACUGCCCGGGUCUAGUCUUUCCCUCGACAACGCCAAAGUGCCUGCAAGUGCUGCUCGGCAGCUUUCCCAUCUCCCAGCUGGCGGUGCCCUAUCGCGCGCUGAAGUUUCUCGGCGAGCAUGUGAAUCUGCCGCAGCUGCUGCGCCUGCAGCUGCCCGAGGACUAUGACGAGUGGUCGGCGGUGGCCAUUUCCGAUGCGUGGGCCUACAAGCGCGGCUUUCUCACCGCCAAGGCAGCCCGCCCGGAUCGCUAUCGUGCGGCCAAUCACAUUCUGCGCAUGUGCCUGGCCGGACAGCAGCAGCUGGUGCUGCAGUUCUAUCCCCCAGGCUACGAUGCACGUCGCGAGCACUGGCUGCAGCAUGCCGAUGUGCCGGAGGUGAAGAAGUACCAGCAAGUGGAGCUGCAGGAUGAGCCAGAGAGCGAGACCAAUGGCGAUACUUCCUCCGUGUGCUCCGACACUGCUGAUAGCGAGGAUGAGGACGAGGAUAGCUCGAAUGAUGAGACCAAUGCUGAUGAAGACUCUUGCGCCAUCGAGGAGGACGAGGCUCCACGCUCGCGUAAUGUUUUUGCGCUGCUCGAAGACGAAUAAGAUUUAUCACUGGACAGACUCACACACACAUAAUUUAUUUUUUGAUCAUGCAUAGCUCUAUAUUUUUCUGGUAAUAUACCAAAUCGACUAUACAACAA